ACGUUAAGCCCCAGCACCACGACUGGGAACGCAGAGACACCUGCGAUGUCAGAGCGCAUCCGAAACCCUGCUGACAUCUCCGUCAUUGUCAUCUAUUUCCUAGUGGUGAUGGUUGUAGGGCUGUGGGCGAUGCUGAGGACCAACCGGAACACUAUUGGAGGCUUCUUCCUGGCUGGGCGAGAUAUGGUCUGGUGGCCGAUGGGCGCCUCUCUCUUCGCCAGUAACAUCGGCAGUGGCCACUUUGUGGGGCUGGCUGGGACGGGAGCAGCUUCAGGAAUCGCCACCGCAGCAUUUGAAUGGAAUGCCUCGCUGCUGUUACUGGUUCUAGCGUGGUUCUUUGUUCCCAUAUACAUCAAGGCAGAGGUCAUGACCAUGCCAGAAUAUCUGAAGAAGCGGUUUGGUGGGAAGCGCCUCCAGAUCUACCUCUCUGUCCUCUCCCUCUUCAUCUUUGUGGUUUUGAGAAUCACAUCAGACAUAUUUUCUGGAGCCAUAUUCAUCAAGCUGGCCUUGGGAUUGGACCUUUAUCUGGCCAUCUUCAUCCUCUUGGCUGUCACUGCUAUUUACACAAUCACUGGGGGCUUGGCCUCAGUUAUUUACACAGACACCCUCCAGACCUUCGUCAUGCUGAUAGGUUCUUUUAUUCUCAUGGGGUUUGCAUUUGCCGAAGUUGGAGGCUACGAGAGUUUUACAGAGAAGUACAUGAAUGCCAUCCCCACCAUAGUCGAGGGGGACAACCUGACAAUCAGUCCCUCGUGCUACACUCCUCAAGCAGACUCUUUCCACAUUUUCCGGGAUGCUGUCACUGGGGAUAUUCCAUGGCCAGGAACGGUAUUUGGAAUGACCAUUGUAGCUGCAUGGUACUGGUGCUCAGAUCAGAUUAUUGUACAACGUUGCCUAUCAGGCAAGAACAUGUCUCAUGUGAAGGCUGCUUGCAUCAUGUGUGGUUACCUGAAGCUGCUGCCCAUGUUCCUCAUGGUGAUGCCAGGGAUGAUCAGCCGCAUCCUGUACACAGAGAAGGUGGCCUGUAUCGUACCUUCUGAAUGUGUGAAACACUGUGGAGUUGAAGUCGGCUGCACUAACUAUGCCUACCCAAUACUAGUGCUUGAACUGAUGCCUAACGGACUGCGAGGCCUGAUGCUGUCAGUCAUGUUGGCCUCUCUCAUGAGCUCUCUGACCUCCAUCUUCAACAGCGCCAGCAGCCUCUUCACCCUCGACCUCUACCCCAAGAUGCGGAAGAAUGCAUCAGAGAGAGAGCUCCUUAUAGCUGGACGGUUAUUUAUGAUUCUAUUAACUGUCAUCAGCAUUUUGUGGGUCCCAUUAGCAGAGGUAUCUCAAAAUGGACAACUGUUCCAUUACAUAGAAUCAAUUUCUAGCUACCUUGGACCUCCAAUUGCAGCUAUCUUCCUGCUUGCCAUCUACUGUAAAAGAGUCAAUGAAGAAGGAGCCUUCUGGGGCCUAAUUGUUGGACUUGUGCUCGGCCUCAUUCGUAUGAUUGCGGAGUUUGUCUAUGGAACAGCGAGUUGUUUGGCUGCCACCAACUGUCCUGACAUCAUUUGUGGAGUGCACUAUCUGUACUUUGCCAUGAUUCUCUUUUUUGUUUCCAUGCUAGUGGCGCUGGGAAUUUCCCUGUUAACAAAACCCAUUCCUGAUGUACAUCUGCAUCGCCUGUGCUGGGCUCUUCGGAACAGUACAGAGGAACGAAUUGAUUUAGAUGCAGAAGAGAAAAGAUACGAAGAAGCUGAUGAUGAUGUUCGUGAAGGUAUUAUCCGGCAUAAUCCUGAGGAAACUCAUGGAUGUCUCAGGAAGGCUUAUGACUUAUUUUGUGGUUUGCAGAAGAAAGGUCCCAAGCUGAGCAAAGAAGAAAAAGAAGCCCGGAGGAAGAAACUGACAGACACGUCUGAGAAGCCCUUGUGGAGGAAUGUAGUGGACGCCAACGCCAUUAUCCUCCUGGCAGUGGUAGUCUUUGUCCACGGCUAUUUUGCCUGA